AUGCCUAUCCCCAUCGAAUGUUCUUGGACAAUUAGGAAACUUAUGAAGUUAAGAGAUUUGGGCCAGCUCUAUGUUAAACACACUAUAGGCAAUGGCAAGUCUACCUUCCUUUGGCUGGACAAUUGGCACCCAAAAGGCCCUCUGUAUAAACUCUUUGAUGAUAGAACUGUGUCCAGGCUUGGCUCAUCCCUUUAUGACAAAGUCAGUUCUGUAAUUGAGCAUGGUGCUUGGCAUUGGCUUAGACCACGCAAUAGGGUCAUUCAGCUGAUCCAAUCCUCCACCCCUACCUCUCUUCUUCCUCUCGGGGACAGUAAGGAUGUGGUCACUUGGACUUGUUCCCCUUCAGGUAGCUAUUCAACUAAACAUACUUGGGAAGCUAUCAGAAACAAGAAUCCUAAGGUAAUCUGGUCUUCUCUUGUUUGGUUUUCUCAAAAUGUUCCGAAAUGGGCUUUUAUCUUGUGGAUUGCUUGCCUUCACAAGCUGCUCACCAGAGAUAGACUAAAGCGAUGGGGUAUGCCUAUUGACCCUCAUUGUAUCUUAUGCUUGCGACAUGAUGAAACUGCCAAUCACCUUUUCUUUGAAUGCUCCUACUCUAGUCAUAUUUGGCAGUCUAUAUUGACCAAGUUUCAAACUAUUAGAAGUUCUGGGAACUUUGAUAUGAAACUGAAUUGGAUUUUGGCUCACUGCAAAAGUAACUCAUUUCGAGCUAUUCUUAUCAAGCUGUCCUUCGCUGUAGUAGUAUACCACAUUUGGCUUGAGAGAAAUUCUAGAGUAUUUGGUGGAAGACUGUGGAGCUCUGAAAUAGUUUUUGCUUGCUUAGAGGAAAAUCUGAGGCUUCGAGUUUCUACCUGGAAACAUUUUCCAAACUCAGUGGAAAAUGCAAGGCUAUGUCAACUUUGGAAUCUUCCCAUUAGAAUUCUGCGAACUCCCCCUCAUUAG